CUUUUCAGAACUUCCGUCAUUAUGAAGACCGAGUUGUGCGCGUUUAGUGGUUUUAAGAUCUACCCCGGCCACGGCAAACGUGUCGUGAAAAUAGAUGGGAAGGUCUUUCAUUUCAUCAACGGAAAAUGCGAAAGAUCGCAACAAUUGAAGCGUAACCCACGCAAAAUCAACUGGACUGUCUUGUACAGACGUAAAAUGAAGAAGAAUGCCAGCGAAGAGACAUCUAAAAAGAGAACUCGCAGAACUCAAAAGUUCCAGAGAGCUAUUACAGGAGCUACUCUUAACGACAUCAUGGCUAAGCGUAAUCAGAAGCCAGAAGUAAGAAAAGCUCAAAGAGAACAAGCCAUCAGAGCUGCAAAGGAAAAACAAAGAGCUAAGGAGCAAGUAAAGAAAGCCACACAAAAGAAAACAGGAUAUUUAUUGAGCCGACGGUGCCAAUCUACGUUUACUAAAGUUUGGCUAAAGAAAGAUAUAGAUUAUUGCAUUGACCUUGUAAAGCAGCACGAUUAUGAGACUUAUAUCACAACCUUACUUCUGCCUCAAGAAGCACGAAUUCCAGUAUUUGGAUUAAGAGCUUUAAACGUUGAAAUAGCAAAAGUGCCGGAUUCUGUUACAGAUAAAAACACUGGUAAAACUAGAUUAAUAUUUUGGGGAAAUUGUAUCAAGAGCACAAGUCAGGGUAAACCACCUAAAACUCCUGUAGCAUCUUUACUAUCCAAAGUUUUAGCAAGCUACAAGUUACCCGAAGAUCGUCUUCUCGACCUUGUAACCGCAAGAGAAAUACACUUUUCAAGCCAGCUACCUGAAACUAUAGCUGAUAUUGAAAACUAUGCAAAGAAUACUACUUCUAAUCUACUGGAACUAACCUUAGAGAUACUAGGCAGCCCUAAUGACGAAGCAAAAAAAAUGGCUGAAUGUGUCGGAAAAGCUCAAGGCUUAACAACAAUGUUGAGGGCGGUCCCAUUUCACGCAACCUGUGGAAGGAUUCUACUUCCAAAAGACCUGUUUGAGAAGUACAAUCUUAGUUACAAAGAAAUUCUUAAAGGUAAAUUAACCGAUAAUGGAAGAAACCUUGUUUCAGAAGUUAUUAAUCUUGUCAAUCAGCAUUUGGAAGAAGCUCGUUCAAUAGGAAAAAACUGCGAUGCAAAGUUUAGAAAUGCUAUGCUUCCAGCGAUAAAGGCCAAUGAGAUUUACCAAAUGAAUAACAAUAAUUGGACUUUGAAUGAUCAAGGUUUAAAUGCUCAGAAAUCUUCUCAGCAUCUUUGCCAGGAGCUACUGAGUGGAUUGAGAGAAAAUUUAUUGGAUGAAAGACAAAGUAUGAAUUAUCGUCUAAAGUAUAAAAGUUCUCAAGAACAAAGAAAAAGAUAUCAGGAGGAAAAUUUAAAUAAUCCUUCAAAUGAACAGAAGAGAAGAGCCAAUCCAUUAGUCUUAAUUAAAAGAGAUGUUAUAGAUGAGUAUUUGUAUCAUAGAGAAGAAUUCUUAAAGGGUCUUAAAAAAGGGGAAGUCGUUUAUAUGUUUCCGGAAACAAUUGACUCUGAUAGCGUUGAAUGCUCCCAUCCGGGUAGAAAAGUAUCAGGUAGAGUAUUAAUUUCUGAUAUAGACUUUGUUUCUAAUGUUACCUUAGAGAAAACGAAUUAA